AUUUAAAGUUUAGUAUUGAAUAGUUGUUUUUGAUUUGCAAUGAAUAUCAUAGUUAUGAAAGUUGUUUUGUCGCUAUUAUUAUCAAUAAAUUUGUUAGCAAUUACUGUAGUAAUAGCCGCCGCCGACACCGCCGCCGCCGCCGCUGAUUAUGAUGUAAACGGUUUGUGCGGACGACCCGAACGGCCAUUCGAGUCCCGAUUGAUUCCCGUCAGAGACUACUAUCGCGAGGGCGAUGAAGUCGGCUAUCAGUGCAAUCAAUACUGGAAUUAUAUGCAAACCAAACGUUGUGUUAGAGGCCAAUGGAUUGGACACCCGUUUACUUGUGGUAAGACUGCUUUAAACAAUGAUUUGAAUUACGUUAAAGUCGAGGACAUAUCAUCAUCAACAUCAGCACCGGUAGUAUUGUUUGACGAAAAUGUGACCCUAAGUGCAAACUAUAAGUUUGCCAACUCUUUCCUAUCGAGUCGUUGCGAAACAAAAUUCAUUGUCCAACCGUUACCGUCGGCAUCGCCGCCGAUAACAGCCGCGGCCGAUCGGCCAAUACGUUGGACACUGGGAUUUGAACAACCAUUAGCUGAGUUACCAUUCUUUAGGAUUAACUUUCAUUUGCUGAACGUAUCGGUUACGGAGGCAUUAGCUAUUGAUUUUAAUGUCUUGAAUGUCAGUGUCGGUGUCGGUGGUAGUCAGUCUCGGAGGACUUGUCGUCAUGUGUUCAAACCUGACCAGAAAAAGUUGUGGCGUCGGGGAACCAAAGUCGAGCUUAACUUUGAAUGUCAGACCAACUCCCCUAUGGCUAUGGUUGACAUGGAUAUCAUGAAUAUGGGACCCAAACAGAUAGUAUUAGUGACCAGUGCUUCUCCAUCCGUAUCCUAUAAGCUAAUUAUGAUACUAUUGGGACAGUCCUAUUCAUAUAAAGUCAAUGAUGAUGAUGAUGAGGAUAAAAAUGGACAGCAAUUUAUUUGCGGUGAACCGGAACAACGUUUAGGACAAAUGGUUAGACCAUUGACUAUGAAUAUAAACUAUUCAAUUGAUUGCAACAACAAUUGGGAUUAUGUAUCCAAAGAUAAUCCCGACUUACCCGACACAACAAUACAUAAGCGUUACUGUAGUACUGAUAUGCGAUGGAAAGGUACGUAUCCGGAAUGUAUACCCCGAACCGUAUGUCCCGUUCACGAUCUACUGGUGCUCAACAACAACAACAUGAAUCCUGUCUACAAAAUAGUCCGUUUCGAUGACGUCUACUACUAUAACAAUACUCAAUGGUAUGCCAUCGAAGGAACUACCGUUUCGUAUCAGUGCUCCAGUAGACUGACCCAAGUAUUGUUAGGCGACAGCCGUCAUGUUUGCGGCAAAAAUGGCCAAUGGAUUGGCAGUGAACCCAAUUGUUUUGAUUUAUCUGCACUAAAACUUAUCAAACAAUUAACUACUAAUAAUAAUGAUAGUGAUAUCAAAUUGGAUAAUGAGAUCAAAGAUGAUGCUAUUAUUAUUCAUUUGCCAUCACCUGAACAACAAACCCAACCAAACCAACAACUAUUAGGCAAAAAACAUGUGUUGGGAUCAACUACUGGUGAUAAUAAUAAUAAUAAUGAUAAGCCAAUGUUAGCAUCAUCAUCAUCGGCACCAAAAGCCGUCAUCAAUAAGGAUAAUAAUAUGUUAAUAACAAGUGAUAAACUAAUAGCAUCAUCAACUAAUACUAACCACCAUCAUCAUGAUUAUAACCAUCAAUUUGAUCCACUGAUGACACUAUCGUCGACACCAAUAAUAACACAUGAGACACGACUGUCCUAUCUAUUACAACAGCCGCCACCACCACCACCACCAUCGCCACCACUACUACCCUAUCUAAUAGAUAAUCCAUUGGAUUCAAUGCUAAUCCAAUCAAUACAUAUGGAUGAGUCUAUAAUCAAACCAAUUGUCUAUCCCAUGGAAGUGAUACCUGUUUACGUAAAAGAUGCUAUUAAUGACAGGACUAAGUUUAAAGCUAUUCAUAAUCAUCGACAACAACAACAGGGGUUAGGUUUAAACAAUUAUAAGGAUAAUGAUAGCAAUGAUAAUCAAUUGAUAAAGUUUUCAACCACUAGUAGUAUUGGUCCAAACAAUAGUAGUAAAAAUAAUAAUAAUUUUAAAAGACAACCAAUGAUGACACCGAUGAUGACGAUGACUAAGACAUAUCAAAAGUAUUCAUCAAAUAAUAAUAAUAAUAAUAACGAUAAGACAACUGAUCCGUUAAAACAGUCUGAAAAUAGAAGAAAACCAGAACUGAAAACAAUGGACACCAAUAGUCGGCAGAAAUAUGUGUCGACCGAAGAGGAGUUGGCAGAAAAUACUGGUCUACCCGAUGAACAACAUAUACCCAUCGAUGAAGACGAUUGGACAUUCAAAGACUUGGAUCUAUGGGUUAUUAGAUGA